CAAAAUUGUAUGAUAUUAUUUGGAUUAUCAUUUGAGAUAUUUUGUCUAACGACUGUUAAUUAUCCUGCAAGUGACGACAAGAAAUUUAACUAUGGUGAAAUCAACAUUGCGUUCAAUCAUAAUUCUUGCAAUUUAUUGUAGUUUUUCUAAUGCGAUUGAUUGGAAGAAAUAUCCCAAUGGAAAACUUAUGAAGUCAGAAGUAAUAUUUAGUGUUCCCAAUAAUAUUAUCUUAGGUGAAAUAAACGGUGGUAAUAUUACCGAUGAGCAAUAUCACUUGGCCAUGAAAAUCAGGUUGUACAAAUUACUGUAUUUAUUGUUACAUUAUUCAGAAUGCACAGUUGAAUCUUACAACAAUGUAAGCAGUGUUAAAAGUACGAUUAUUUCAGAUUCAUUAAAAUAUUAUAACGUUACAAUAGAUUAUAUUAUUAAAUUCAUGAAAAAUUAUCAAAUAGAUAUUUCUGAUUUAGAACAUUUUUCUGAGAAAAUUUUAAAUUCAGAUUUAAGUGAAGAAUUAUUUUUUUCAUUUCAAGAAUUUCUUCGUCGUUCAUUAUUUGAACACAUGAAAAAUUUCAAUAAAAAAUUAUCAAUAGAAACUGAAACAGAUGAUUUUAAUAACCAACUUAAUGAAUCAAUUAAUUCUUGGAAGAUUUUUAAUAAUUUAUACAAUGAAGAAACGAAUAAAUAUUUUCCUCCGAAUAUUAAAGAAGAUAUUGAAUGUAUGUAUGCAAUGAAUUAUAUUGAUAAGAUAAUCACUACCGAGUAUGCAUUUAAACCUUCUCCGUACAUGAAACAAAUGAAGGAUCUAAAUGUCAUAUAAUAUGAUAUUUUGACGUAUCGUUAAAAAAACGUUACGACAGACAAAAAAAAAAAAUCAAAUCAUAAUAAAAUUUUAAUUUGAAGCUUAAAUUAUAAGUGAAAUAUUUUAUUGUAAAUUUGUAACUUAUUACACAAAAUUUAAUUGUUUCUAAAAAUAUAUGUAACUGUCCUUAAUUAAAAUAAUAAAUUACACAGAUGUAUAGAAAAA